CCGUGUGCCCCAUAGAGCCAGGGACCUGCUGGUGCCACCGUGUGCCCCAUAGAGCCAGGGACCUGCUGGUGCCACCGUGUGCCCCAUAGAGCCAGGGACCUGCUGGUGCCACCGGUCUCUGACGCCCACCCCAAGGCCCAUUGGGACCCACGGCCACAGCACCGCUGCGGGGGUCUCUCAGCAGGACCAUGCUGAUCCUGACGUGCCCGGCUCAGCUGCAGCGCUUGGAGGGAGCCCUGCGGAGGAGCCUGCCCCUCACCCUGCCGGUCUAUGGGGCUGUGAUGAACAUCAACCGGGGCAACCCGGCGGGGCUGGAGGUGGUGGUGGAUGCAUGGCCUGAGUUCGGUGCCGUGCUGGCGCGGCGCAGAGGAGAGGUGCCGGUGGAUGACUGCUACAGGAACACGAGCGCGGUGUUCUACCGGGACCUGGGCGCUUACCGGGCGCUGCUGGAGACCCCGGGCUGCCUGCGCUGGGAUGCGGCGUUCUACAUCAUCGGCCUUCAGGACGGGGUGACCGCGGUGUCAGAGGCCAUUGCGGGGGCCAAGGGCAUCGAGCUCGACAUCUCCCAUUAUUACACCUACCUGCACCCCAACCCCAGCGCCAUGCCCGAGCCACGCCUGGAUCCGGGGGUGCGGGUGGGCUCCCUGACCCCGGCACACGUGGAUCUGCUCAACAAGACGUGGCCCUACGGAGGCACCGCUCGGAGCCGGCAGUACCUGGAGGAGCUGCUGCGGCUCUUCCCCAACCUCUGCCUGCGGGACGGGGCCGGGCAGCCGCUCUCCUGGACGCUGACGGAUCCCUUUGGAGCCGGGACGCACGGAUACACGCUCCCCGCGCACCGCCGCAGCGGGUACAUGUGGACGGUGAUGGUCCUGGCCGCUCGCAGGGCUCAGGCUCGUGGCUUCCCCACCUUUGGGUUCACGGCCACCGGGAACCGGCCCAUGCAGCGGCUGGAGGAGGAGCUGGGUCACCAGCGCCUGCCGGGGCUGUGCUCUUACAUCCUGCACAACCCCAGCCUGAAGCGAGCCUAAAUCAUCCCACCCCACUCCUUCCAUAAACACCCCUUCGUGGGGGUCGGGAAGUGUGAGGGAGGAAACACGGCACUGAAAGCAAAGAGCGCUGUGGCUUCUCUGGUGGCUGCUAUGGGGUUGUGCGGCCGCUUGGUUUUCUCACACAUGGCUCAACACCGGC